GGCACUGUCAAAUUUAUAAAUUGAUAUGAUUCUCUAUCUUCAAAAUCGAAAAAUAUUAGAAUUGUUUUUUUUUAUAAUAUAUCAAAACUGUGUACAAUUUAAGGAUAUUUUAUAAUCUUUUGAUUCUAAUAAAGCUGAUUGAGUAUCUAGUUAUGGCAUCCGGAAAGAGAAGUUGAAUAGCUUCUAAGUAUGCCUGUUCAAUAACCCAUGGUACUCUAUUUCUUACCCACUUGUGUACCAAACAAAUCGCUGGACGAUCUUUUUUAUUUCCAUUAUAUAUGAGAUAGCUUCCGUAUAUUUUUUGAACAUAAAUAAAUAUUCUUUAAAAUACUUACUUGCUUUAAAUUCAUCUGGUUAUUUAUUGUACUAAUUAUUUUUCAGGUCAAUUUUUCAGGAAAUAAACAUUUGAUUACGGAAAACUAUUAAAUUUUUCUGGAAAAAAAAGCGAUUUACAUAUUUUCUACAUCUACGAAAAUUUAAUUAAUUCAUCUCUAUUUCUGAAAAACAGAGUUAAAAGUUUCUUCACUUGUAAUUUUUGGAUAUUACAAAAAUCUAAUAUUAAUUCCAUAAUUUUGAAAAUUGUAUGGCUGCUGUGUUUACACUAAUAGCUGAUUAUGUACUUGCUAAUAACAGGCAGCUUCGAAUUAAUACAAGAAGAAGAAGGACUACUUUUAGAUUACAGAUAAAAAGUUAAAUUUUCAAUGUAUUUUUCGCUCAUUAAGAGUAUAUUUUUUACUUUAAGAAUGAUUUCAAAAUGAGCCAAAUAAGUCCUCGAUUCAAGCAUAUAUUAACAGUUAUCAUUAUUAUUGCGGUAUUAUUUAUUUUGAUACGAUCAUUUCAUGGAGCUAGUGAAGCUGAUACUGAAGAGAAACAAUUAGCUUUACUAAAAUUUCCUGAAGAUGUUCAACGUGCUACAUAUUUACUCAAUGAUGCUUAUCAUAAAAUUGAAGCUCUAGAAGAAAAAAUAAUUUCAUUAGAAGGCAGAGUACCUAAGACUUAUCCUGAUGUGAAAUUUUUGAAUUAUUUACAACGUAAAAGAAUUUUGAUCACAGGAGGAGCAGGCUUUGUAGGAUCUCACUUAGUGGACAAAUUGAUGUUAGAAGGACAUGAAGUAAUUGUCGCUGACAAUUUUUAUACAGGAAGAAAAACAAAUGUUGAACAGUGGAUAGGACAUGAAAAUUUUGAACUUAUCCAUCAUGACAUUGUAAAUCCUUUAUACAUCGAAGUGGAUGAUAUAUACCAUUUAGCUAGUCCAGCUAGUCCACCACAUUAUAUGCAAAAUCCCGUCAAAACUAUUAAGACUAAUACUUUAGGAACUAUAAAUGUUUUAGGUUUAGCUAGAAGAUUGAAUGCAAAAAUUUUAAUAGCAAGUACUUCAGAAGUAUAUGGUGACCCUGACAUACAUCCACAACCAGAAACAUAUUGGGGCCAUGUGAAUCCCAUAGGACCAAGAGCAUGUUAUGAUGAAGGUAAACGGGUAUCAGAAUCACUGACUUACGCCUAUGCCAAACAAGAAAAUAUGCAAGUACGAGUAGCUAGAAUUUUUAAUACUUACGGACCAAGAAUGCACAUGAACGACGGAAGAGUUGUAUCCAAUUUCAUAUUACAGGCACUUCAGGAUGAUGUGAUAACAGUAUAUGGAUCUGGAGAGCAAACACGAUCCUUUCAGUAUAUCUCUGAUUUAGUAGAAGGCUUGGUAGCUUUAAUGAAUUCCAAUUAUUCACAACCAGUCAAUUUGGGAAAUCCUGUAGAGCAUACAAUAAAUGAAUUUGCUACAAUAAUAAAAAAUCUUGUUGGUGGUAACAGUAAAAUAGUUCACUUAAGUGAAGUGGAAGACGAUCCGCAACGAAGACGACCCGACAUUUCUAGAGCGAAAAAGAUUCUUAAUUGGGAGCCAAAAGUCGAUCUAAAUGUUGGACUUCAAAAAACAGUCGAGUAUUUCAGACAAGAACUCAAACGAUUUAGAUACACUCCUAAGAAUAAAUAUCUUUAUAAUAACUACCAUCCUUAAUUAGAAUUCUUAUAUAUCCUUAUUUAAAAAAUAAUAUAUAUUUGUUGAACAUAGCAAGAAUAUAAAGGACUCCCUUUCUCAAAA